GUUGAUUUGAACUGAAGACAAGGCGCCCUUUAAAGCCAUCCUUACUGUCAUUGUUGCCUUCAUUUUUUCUUUUAACAAUGGAGUCCUUUUUUGGGAGGGAAGGUACAGGAAGUAGGAUCAAAAUAGCAAAAAAUAACAGCGGCAGAGGGGGAGAGAGAAAGAGAGGAACAGAGUGCACAAUCACACUAGUCAUGGCCAUCGUCGGAGAGUCUGAGAGGCCUUAGGUUGGUUGGUCUGACUUUGUUUCAUCUCCAGAGAACUGUUGGAUUUUGGGCUGGACUGGUGAAAUGGAUUUUUCUGAGUCUACGAAAGUUGUGUACAACAGAAUUCAGAAAAUAGAGCCUGAAAAUGUCUCAAAGAUCAUCGGGUAUCUUCUGUUCCAAGACCAUGGUGAACGCGGAAUGAUCAGGUUGGCCUUCAGCCCUGAUAAUCUGAUCCACUCUUUGAUAAAAAAAGCCAAAGCCGAGCUGGGCUUAUUUAAACCAACAGUUUUGGCUCCCGUCCCACCCUAUCCAGUGAACCAAGUACCAGUUUCAGAGCUUCCUUUACAGUUCACACCCUCCACACCACAUUUAUCAUGCCCAAUUUCGUCUCCAAUAACUCUACUUAGUGCAAGUCCCUACCGGGAUUCUCACGUGGCUGCUGAUUGUAAUGUAGAGUAUGCCUCACCAGCUUAUCCAGAUCCAAUCUCUGAAGAUUAUCACUUUCAAAAUCCAAUGCAGUUCUUGACUUUGGAAGAUCAGCCUCGAUCUACCAAUUCAAUUGGUUCAGAUUUUUCUAGCAAUUAUUAUCACUCAGAACCUGCAAUUGGUGUGAGAAAAGGUCAAAGGUCUCCAAGCUUGCCUGAAUUUCCUGUUAAGGUUUGCCAUUACUUCAGUAAGGGGUUUUGUAAACAUGGAAACAACUGUAGGUACUACCAUGGGAAUCCCAUACCAGAAAGCUUUUCUCAGAUUCUCAGUAAAAGUUCAAACGAUCUUCAUACUGAAGAGAAAAUCUUCUCUCCUGCAUGUCUUGAAAAGCUUGAAAUGGAAUUAACCGAGCUUUUGCAAUCAAGAAGAGGAGGUCCAGUUUCAAUUGCUUCACUUCCGAUGAUAUAUUAUGAGAAGUUUGGGAGGAUUCUUCAGGCUGAAGGCUAUCUUACAGAGAGCCAUAGACAUGGUAAGGCUGGGUAUAGCCUAACAAAACUACUUGCUAGGUUGAAGAACAGCAUUUGUCUUGUUGACAGGCCUCAUGGGCAGCACUCAGUAAUGUUGGCAGAAGAUGUGCCAAAAUACUUGGUAGUGAGAAGUGAUCCUGGUGUAAUUGUUGCUGGUUCUCGGCAGAUAUAUCUUACCUUUCCGGCUGAGAGUACUUUCACAGAGCAAGAUGUUUCUGACUACUUCAACAAAUUUGGCCUUGUCCAAGAUGUUCGGAUCCCUUUCCAACAGAAGAGGAUGUUUGGUUUUGUCACUUUCGUAUAUGCGGAGACUGUUAAGCAAGUUUUAGCCAAGGGGAAUCCCCAUUCUGUUUGUCAGGCUCGUGUUCUGGUGAAACCUUACAAGGAAAAGUCAAGGCUUGUUGAAAGGAAGUAUGCAGAUAAAACACAGCACACUAGAUGUUACGGUCGAGACUUGAUGGAUGGUGAUUUUGAGCUUAACUCGAUGGUGAGAGAUUUUGAUGAUUCAAGACUGCAUGGGACACAUCUCAUUGAAGAACAUGAGCAAGCACAUGAUAUUGAGAGCAGGCAUCUCCCUGAGUUGCAACUAACCCCUAAACCCUUGUUCCGUCGCCCGCAUUUUGGCUACUCAAUGGAUGAAUUAAGGCUCUCAGAAGCCCGUGUGGAGCAAGCAGAGUUCCAAUCUGCUAAGCGUUUUAGUUAUUUGCUCGAUGUUUUGGACAAUGGUUCCACCGGCGAGGACAAGGAAAGUUCUUGCAGCCCCCAAGGACUUAGCCUUCCAUAGAGCCCUUUUGCAUCGGCUACAGGGAAUGGCAUCUCAACAGUCAAAUGAAAGCUCGAAGACAGGAAUUAUAGGAGUAGAGGAAUGAAUUCCAAGAAGACUAAUUCGAGGGUACAAUACAAGAGGACUUACUUUUUCUUUACAAUUUUCACCUCAACUAGAAGUUGUUUCUCGAUGUUAGUUACUUUUGAAUUUUGAUGGAGGAGAGAGAUUGCAGAAGAAGAAUGAUACAGAGAAAAGCUAAUAUUUAACAAGUAUUAAACCUUUUUUUCCCGUUUAUUCUAUUUUUAUUUUUUAAAUGUAAUCACAAGGGCAAGCAAGCAAGAGAUCAGCUUGUGGGUCUUUAGAAGAAUAUGUAAUAUAGUCUGGCUUAGCUGAAGAAGAUGAUGUAGAGAACUAGAGAGAGAGAUAGAGAGAGAGGUGUAGCGUCUCUGGAACACUAAAGGAGCUAAUAAAUUUCUUCUAGAUAUAA